AUGAUGCGGCGGUCGGGAGUCUUCCUCACGGCUCUGGCGAUGGAUGUCAAAUCGUCGUUUCCUACCUCCUCGACAGCGACAAAAUCGGAGCAGGAGAAAACAGUAAAUGAAGCGGCAGUGACAGAGGAGUUGUCGGCCUACACCCCGUCUGCAUCAGAGGCGCCAGAACUCCUGCAGCCGUAUGUAGAACCAAAGCCGUUUGUAAGUGCCAAGCGCCUGCAGGUGUUCCUUGCCUCGAUGGGCAUCGGUGCAACCACCAUAUGUGUAGUGUACUAUCUUCUUAGUAAGUCAAUGAGCGGCAACCUCGAGGAGGAGCAGCGGUAUGUGCAGCGCGUGGUGGAGUCAAACCGACUGGCAAUGCUGGAUCCACAGAGCCUUAUCCCUGACUUUAAUGCACCCAGCUCUUUUUCUGAAUUGAAGGAGAAGAUGCGGCAGCACGAGCGGGAGAUUGAACGGAAGCAAAAAGAAGUCAGUCGCAGCACUAUCAUGCUUCAUACGGAGGCGGUAUUCCGAGUGAAAUUGUGGUGGAACGCGUGUCUCACACAUCUUCAGGACGCAUUUGAUGGGCUCGGAAGCACAAUUCAGAAGCGCAAAGAGCGUGCUGCAAUUGCCCACAUUAAGGGCGUCUUGGAUGAGGAAGGGUACGAGUUGGUGAAGCUGCGAAAUGGGAAAACUCAUAUCUGGUGA